AUGAAACCGAUUACAAAAGGAGAAGUUAAUGCAAUGAAAGCUCAGUUCAGAGUAGUCAAUGCUCGACCAGCCAAGAAAGUGGUAGAGGCCAAGUUACAGAAGAAGCGAGCAGCUAUGAAAAGAUUGGAGAAAGUGAGGAAGAAGAAAGGAGUAGGAGUUAAGAUUGGGAAAGGUCAGAAGAGAGUGGAUCGGAGGAUGAAGAGUGAUGUUAGGAAGCGCGGAGGAGGCAAGCCCGGUAAGAACGGGAAGAAGAAUGCUUACUGGUAA